AUGGCAGAGGUCUUCCAGAACCAGCUUCGUGAAUCGACUGACCUUCUAUACUGGGACUGUUUACUGAAUGCAUGUGCCGUGAGAGAAUAUUGUAAAUUCGAGGAUUCCUCGGCUUUUGAGCCCGAUUCAUCGGCAGCGCUUAGACGGGGUGACCUGUUCCCGAUCCACUUCUUCAUUGAUCCUUUCCAGAACAACUGCAUGGUUGACUACAAUUAA